AUGGGGCGUGUAAUGGCGGAGCCACCGAAUCUCAUGGCGAAAGCAAGAGAACUUCUUGCGACUCCAAGCCACGAACCGUUAGAGAGUCUUGUCGCUCAUCUCUCAACGCGUCAAGAAACCACCGAAUAUCAAACGGCGCUUCCUCUGUUCAUCUUCUGCACCCAUAACUUCGCUAACUGCUUAACCCUUAAGCUUCUGCAAAUGUAUCUUUCUUCUUCCAACGGCGUCCUCAGAUCCAAAUCGAUCGUUGUCCUCUCCGAAACCCUAGCCGCUUAUAAAUCCCGCAGGUUCGAACUAUCUCUCGUGGCUCUCAACGAAAUCAAACACCUUGUGAUCUCUUGCUUGAGGAUGCAAGAAGCAGAAAUCAAACUCCUCAGACAAAUCGUGUCUUUCAUCGCUCACGACGUUGUGAUGCUAGAUAACGGCGGGUGGGACGAGCUCAGCGAAUGUAUCGUCGAGCUCUCGAGUACCGAUACUCUAAAGGCUUUACACAUCUUCGCUGACUUGCCUCCAGUGUACGGGAGAUUCAUAUACAAUUGUUGCGGGAUGAUUGUAAAGAAAGCAGAGACGGUGUUGCUUAUGCCUGAUCAAGACAGAGUCGAAGAUUGGAGCUUGGGUUUACAAGCUAUUGUUAAACUUGGGAUUCAGCAUAUGGAUUCUGAUAUGAGAUUUGGUCUGGCGAAGGGUUUGCUUAUGCUUCUUGUCAAGGCAGCGACUGAUCUUGUGGAGAAGGGCAUGGAAGAGUUUCUGGUACGAGGGCUUGCAGAUCUCGAGAUGUUCUUGGCACGAGACAAGAGAAUGUAUAAUUACAAUAAGGAGCAAUGUAACUUUGUGUCCUCUUUCUUGUACAAGAUUAGAGAUUUGGGAUCGCUAACAAUGGAGGCUACGGGGAAGAUCCAUCGUUUGGUAAAGUUUACCACCCCAUCUAAUUCUCCCCUAAAACAACAAAAACCACUACAGGUUCAUGGAGCAGUUUCUGAACGUGAAUGGCUUGAUCGUUUGAACAAGUUACAGCCACUUGAGAUGUUAAAAAUCUUUGCAUCCACUGAUGUUGAAGAGAGGUUUAGAGAAUUGGCAAUUAGACAGCUCAAGCUUUUACUCUCUGAUCGCAUGUCAAGGAAAGAAGCAACAGACAUUUCAGUGUUGAGAGAACUACAGAAUUUGCUCAUCUUUUGCCUUUGGGAAAAAGAAGGGAUCUCGGAGAGCAUGUUCAAAGUCCUUGGUGAGGUUGUCUACCAUGUUUCGUAUGAGAUGACGACCUUCUAUUUUGAGGCAUGGUACGAUCUUUCCGACUCUAUUGGAUCGAACAGCAAAACAGAGUUUGAGAGAGCGGUUUAUAUCUUUCAGUGCUUAACAAUGUGGCUUGAUGAUGAGUUUAUGGUUCCUAUAGUGAAGUUUCUUCUCCCAGAGAUAAACAAAAGGCUAAACCCACCGAGAGAGGUGUUGGUAGAUAACAGUUGCUGGGUCUUGGCGUUUUUGGGUGCCUUCUGUGCCAUCAUUCAAUUGGUAGAGACGGAAACUUCUGCUGCGGAGGAGAUUACAGAUAAGAUGGUGGAUUCAGUGAGAGAGCUUGUGGAAAGAAAAAUGGAACUUGGGCUUGUGAGGAGAGCUUUCAGAGAUUUGGAAAUCAAUGUGAAGAAACAAAAGGAAUGGUUUGGUGAGAACGAAUAUGAAUUGAUCAAAGCUCUGCUUCAGAGACUCUACCUAAUCAAAGGCAUGACAAUGGAAAGCAAGAUGCUGUUGUGGAGAAUCAACGUGUCUGUGAACAGAGGAUGA